CAGCGUUCAGUACAAGCAACAACUCUUGUAAUAAACGAUCAAUUUGAAAUCUUUUGCUUAGAGAAUCCCGAGGUAUAUAAAGGGCCAUAGUUUUCACUCAGUUCAGCAUCCAGCAUCCGUCGGUGAAACAGCAAACAGCUCCGUUUUAUCCUUCCUCUCGAGAUGAAAUUCGCACUGAUCUUCCUCCUGUCGGCUGUUGUCGCCCUGUCCCAGCAACAAUUCUUGCGGCCUAGGCCGCACGGGUUGGUCUGGUGGUCACCUUAUUUGCAUCCGCAACCGGCUGCCCGCAACGACUUCCAUUCGGGCCAAUCUCUUUACGACGAUGUUGAGCAAGAGGUGAUCCCAACCCCAGCCCGCCGUUUCAGACCAUCUGGACCCAUCGCAAUUUACCAGAAUGAAGAUUUGAAUGUCGACUUGUCGGACGAUGGUCAAACGAACGACGAUGUCAAUGGGCAGGCUCAUCAGUUUCCAGACACCCAGCAAAGAGUCAACGUCUACAGAGGAUUCAAUGGCGGUCGGUUCUUUUACAGCAGCACAAUCAACAAUCCAUUCUUCAAAACGGCCACGUUCACUCUGACUUCGACUGUUACCACCCUUGCCUCUAUCGUCAUUUGCGUACCGGCUAACAACCUGGCCGCCAAUCCGGCACCGGCUUGCGCUGGCCGCAAAAGACGCGGAAUGGACGACAACGAAACCCACCAGUUCCCCAUCACUCCAUCGGAAACUCUUACGUUGACCCCAACAGCUGUUCCGUCUCUAGAAUUGGAAGCCCGUCAACUGUUCGCCGAUGAGGAGAAGAACGAGCACGAAUUAAUUUCAUCAAAGGAGGUCGUGAACAAAUUCGUACCCGUAGAGGCUGAAAAGCCGAGAGAGAAACGCUUCUUCGGGGGCGGAAUAGCGGCUUCUACCACCGUGAUUUCCUAUUCGUUUAUCGGAGCAACUAUCACGAGCACAGUUCUGCUGGACCCGACAGCGGGUGGCCUUGCCGCUUGCUUACCAGCCGGCUAUGUGGUCUGCGCAUAAAACACACACGUUGUUCUUUCUGACAUAAUUACAAGCUCUUAAUAAGACAAAGAUUAACGCAAACUGGCCAUCGUGUGUAGGUUAUGCAAAUAUGUUGUUUUACCAUCACAUUCCACCAUUUGACUUUUGAGACCCUAAUAAUCUGUGUGUGCAAUUCCGUCGUGUUACCUAUUUUAUCCAAUGUCUUGUUUGCAUCGGUGCUGGAAUUGGGCAAGAACUGUUUGUUUUUUUUGCACGACCUUGUUCUUGGUUGAAUAGAUUUUUAGAAGCAUU